ACAUCUAUCUUAACGCGGCAUUUGUUUGCGAUCUUUAUGUAUCAGGGGAUUAACCUAAAUAUUAAAAUCCACUUCACAGUUCACAAAGAUUUACUUAAUAAAUCAAUACAGUUUAUACGCUUAUUAAAUUAAUGGAAAGGUCUGGGGGUUCUGGAUCCGUUAUAGAUGACUUAGAAUCAGCUUUUCGAAGCUGCAUCUCACAAUUCGUGUCCGAUGAGCCAUCAGUAGGAGUCACACACCAGGACGAACAAAGACCGACUGUAGAAUUCGCAGUGAAUGAAUUUCUGAAGCUUGCAAGACAAACGGAAGCUUAUUUUUUAAAGGAGCGUGCGAGCCUCGCUAUGAAGCAACCUGAGCUUGUCCUCCAAGAAGAUAUAGAAGAGUUGGAAACAGAGCUUCAGAGAAAAGAUGACGCGAUUCGUAACCAUGGUGAAAAGUUGCAACAAUGGAAGAAUGCUCUUCAUCAGAUUGGUCAGGGAGGUAUUGAUGCCGGAUUCGUGAAACCAGGAUCAAUUGUCCUCAUGUCUCCGGGAGCAGGGAGCCAGCAGAUGAAAAAGUAAAUGAUCAUCACUUCAUCAGUGAUGUAGGAGAUAAAGAGACUUUUUUGGGAGUGAAAAGCAAAGCAUUGGGACAUGUUUUAACAUCAAAGCUUAACAUGCAUUGGGACUUAGGAUUGUUGUCAUGAAAUAGCAGGGGGCGGUUGAAACAAAGAAAGGUAAAUUUCUAUGAGAAAAGUAAAUUGGGAUUCUACACAAUACUUAACAUAAAGUUUGUUUCUGGAAUCCAAAGAAUGACAUUCAACAAAAUUUUACAAAAUUUGUAAAAAAGUUCAGGAGAAUUAUUUGUUAUUUACCCCUUAUUUGAAGUCUCUGAAACCACCUAGCACAAAAGUAGAAAUAACAGUUACAUAUUCUGUGCAUGAAUUUGAAUUUAUUAUGAACUAAAUUGGCAGUGUGUUCAUAAAGUGACAUUGUAACUUCAUAAUGUUUUAAUCAGAGCUUUUUGGAUUCUUUUCAUGAUUUCUUUUCCUUCUUGUUUUGUAAACAACUGAAACAAUAAAAUUUAAAUCUAACAACAUAAAAUUA